GAAGUGAAGAAUAUAUAAUAACAUAACCUUGCGAAGUGGAUCAAGGUGACAAAAUCGUUUGCAAAGACCAGCAGGGUCAUUGACAGUCUCAUUAAUUUGAAAACCCUACUACUUCAAGUGAAACUGAAAUGGCAACUCGAAGAUACGAGUUUGGAAGAUCCGAUGAGGCUAACCACCCAGACACCCUGAGAGCCACCUUGGCUGAGUUCAUCUCCACUUGCAUCUUUGUCUUUGUUGGAGAAGGCUCUGCCCUUGCUUUGAGACAGAUUUACAAGGAACCAGGUUCCUCAGCGGGUGAGGUGGUGGUGCUGGCACUAGCUCAUGCCUUUGCUCUAUUUGCUGCUAUUUCUGCCAGCGCGCAUGUCUCUGGUGGACACGUCAACCCUGCUGUCACUUUUGGUGCUCUUCUUGGUGGCAGGAUCUCCCUCCUUAAAGCCAUUUACUAUUGGGUUGCUCAACUUCUUGCUUCUAUAGUCGCUGCCCUCUUGUUGAGGCUUGUCACUAACAACAUGAGACCAGAGGGGUUCAGUGUGUCGGUGGGCGUUGGAGCGUUUCACGGUUUUGUACUUGAGAUUGCCCUCACAUUUGGUCUCAUGUACACAGUCUAUGCUACCGCUAUUGAUCCUAAAAGGGGUUCAGUUGCCUCAAUUGCACCCUUAGCCAUUGGACUCGUUGUUGGGGCUAACAUCCUCGCUGGUGGCCCGUUUGAUGGAGCAUGCAUGAACCCUGCUCGGGCUUUUGGGCCUGCCUUGGUGGGCUGGAGAUGGGACAACCACUGGAUCUUCUGGGUGGGCCCCUUGAUUGGGGCUGCUCUGGCAGCACUCCUCUAUGAAUUCGUUAUGGUCCCGAUUGAGCCUCCUCAUGCUCAUCACCAACCUUUGGCUUCUGAAGAUUACUAGUUAAUUUGGCUACUAUGAAAUAUACCUAUGUAUGCCUCUGUUUUUUUCCUAGUCGUUUUCUGAGGUCUUCAGAUCGUGUAUGCAUUUUUCUUUGAUGCUGGUUGGGACUUUGGAGUAUCAACCCCAUAAACUUGUUCAGUGUGUACAUCUUGUCCAAGGGAUGAUGAAUAAAGUGCACUUAUGUAAUAAAAUUAA